GUUUGAACCUCAUGUUGGGGUCAAUUUGCAAGAUCAAGCAAUUUGCUGAAUGCAUUACAAAUGGCAAGAGGGUGACCACUUUCAUCUAUUGGCAUAUCAAAAUUCUUGAUGAAAUGAGAGUGAAGACCAACAAUGCUGAUUUGGUGAGGGCUGGGGCAACUCGAUUUGCCACAAAUUUCCUCAACUUGGCAAGCUUGCACAAACACAAGCAAGCUCUAAAAGAGUUGUUUGUGGGUGAUGUUUGGCAUAACAAUAAGAAGUUGUCAACCUCACCUGUGGGACAAAAGGUUCAAGAAGAUGUGCUGUCCAUUAAUUUUUGGAACUCUGUGGAGACUUGCAUGAAAGUGUCUCUGCCUCUUCUAAGGGUACUAAGGAUUGUUGAUGGAGAUGAGAGGCCAGCCAUGCCUGAGGUAAUGGCUGCGAUGGACUUUGCGAAGGACAAAAUCAAGGCUGCAAUAGAGGAGAAGCCAACUUUGCUCAAGAAAGUGAUCAAAAUAGUUGAGGAUAGGUGGGAAUCCCAAAUGGGUGUGAAGUUGUAUGGGGCUGCACUAUUCUUAAACCCCAACAGAUUCUAUGAUCUCAAAGCUAAGCCUGAGAAUGCAAGAUAUUGUCAAAAGCUGAGGCAUAUGUUCAAGGAGGUGCUAGUGCACAUGGAGCCCAAUGAUGAUAAAGCAAGCUUGAUUAGCAGAUUAGCCGAUGACUAUGAGAGAGGUGAAGGUGAAUGUUUCAGCUCAAAGUUGGCCAUCAAGGACCGAUCCAAAAAGAGUCCUCUUCUUUGGUGGGGCGCUUAUGGUGGACUUGCUUUUGAGCUGCAAUCUUUGGCAAAGCACAUUGUUAGCCUUUGUGCUUCAGCUUCUGGCUGUGAGCGCAAUUGGUCAGCCUUUGCAAAUAUCCAUAGCAAAAAGAGACCUAGGUUGGAGUUCCAACGACUCAACGAUCUGACCUUUGUUCAAUACAAUCGGAAGAACGCUGACAGGUUCCAGAAGCUUCGCGAGGAAGGCUCCAAAGGGGUUAGGUCUGACCCAUUAGUCCUAGAAGAUCUAGAUUGGGAAAAUGAAUGGAUUGAUGCUAAUGCCCAGCCAGUUUAUGAGGGUGCUGAUAUCACUUGGGCUGAAGUUGAUGCAGCAGUUGGUGCAUCUGAAGGUCCUUUGCACAACCUAAGAAGACAUGGGAGUCAGCCCGCUGCUGGUACUGCUAACAUCCACUAUUCUCGAGCUCGAGUGGUGGAAACUCAAGUUGAAGUGGAAGAGGAGGUUGUUCCUGAGGUUGAGCUUGAAGAUUAUUCAACAAGUGAAGAUGAAGGUGGAAAUGAAGGUGGUGGUGAAGAUGAUGAUGCGAGAGACAAUGAAGAAGAUGAUCAUCUCCGUUACUCUUACUAUGAUGAGUGACUGAGUGUGGAUUUGCGGCUAGCUGGAUGUAUCUACUAUCUAUUUGCUAUUAGGGCCAUGCGUAUGGGUUUGCGGCUGGUGUGCCUUGUUUUGGACACAUGAUUGCUAUUUGCUUGUUGAAUGCAGUGAACUAAAUUAAUGCUUGCUUAUUUUCUGUAAAAGUGUAGAACUGCUGGUGUUUUUCUUAUGUGUCAAUGUUUUUCAGCUCCAAGAAACAUGGAUCAUCAAGGAAAAGAACUUGGACAGAUGGACAACCAAGAAGUAAGUAAUACUCUUUAUUUCAGUAUGUUUUACAAGUCUUCUGUUACAAGUUUGAUGUUACAAAGAUGGAAAA